AUGGCAAAGCCAAUGAACGCCGCGAAGAGUAAGAGGAAGAUGAGCGAAACCGAGAUGAUGACAAAUGGCUGUAGCAAAGACCCGAGCAACACAGCGAUAAUGAUAACCGAGCAGGAGCGCGACUUGGCAAACAGCGCGUUAAAUGAGUUCAAAAAGCGCAACUACAUAAGCUGCUUGACGUACCUCAACAAGCUUGAAGCUCUUCGCCCGAAAGAUCUGAAAGUGAUGCACAAUAAAAUCAUCGUCGAGUAUUACAAGAGCGACUUGACCAAGACGGAGCUGGCACGGAAGAGUUUGAACGCGAUUUGCGGAUCUCCUUCAUCACCAGUAACAGUAACUUCCUCGGAGGAUGCUGGAGAUACAGCCAGCGACGGAACCGACGACGCUGAAAAGUGCGUGAUGAGAUACAACCAGGCUGUGCUGCUGUAUCACAACCGGCAGUAUGAUCUCGCUUUACAGAUCCUGGAAAAAUUGUUCAGCUUUGUCGAGCCGAUGGAGGAAAAUUUAGCUUGGAAAGUCUGUUUGUUUCUCAUUGAGCUCUACAUCCAGACCAACAGACUUGCGUUGGCUUUGGCGCUUGUUAAUUACGUCGAGAAUCAAUUUAUUUGCAGCAACGUCGCGGAUACUAAAAUAAACGCAGCUUCCUCAUCAUCGAGUUCGAUUAAUUUAGAAAAAGAAAAAGAUAAAGAGACUUGUAGAAUAAUUUUAAAGGAAAAAAAAAAUGAUAAUUGGCUGCCGAGCAAUUCAGAUUCAAAUAAUGAAAUGUUUCGGAUAAAAUUACUUAAAUAUAAAGUAAGACUUUUGUUGCUACUGCAGCACCCGAAGCUCUGUAAGAAAGAGUGGAAGCUGCUGAUGUCUUUGACUGGAAAUUCAAGUCCAGGAGCUGAAGUAGAAAAAGUUGGAUCUAUUUCGACGGUAUUUUUAAAGGCUCAUCUGGAGUACGUAAAAGGGAAUUACGGUAAGUCUAUGACUCUGUUGAACUCCUGUACAGGAAGCAGCGCUGAUCUAGACUAUAAAAUUCAUGGAGAGUCAGCGGCUGUUAUUUAUUACAAUAAUAUCGCGUGUGUGCAUUUUGCGAGAGGCAAGCCCAACUUGGCAGCGUUUUAUUUAAAACGCGCGUUAGUAGAAAAUAAGAAAGCGAUUGAUGCUGCGAGGGUUAAGGAUAACAAUUCUAAUAAUUCGGGGAGUGAUAGCUCGGCGCAAUUUUUGUACACUCUGGGAGCCGGAGAUAAGCAUCAUGAGCUGAUGUUUAAUUUAGGCGUCGCGCUUCUGGGUGCUAAUCAAGCCACCAAGGCCUUUGAUUGCUUCACUGAAGCUGCUAGAGGAUGCACAAGGCUGCACAACAGCCCGGAACUUUGGUUACGGAUGGCUGAGUGCUGCAUUCAUUGUUAUAAACCAUCCAACAAAAUAGAUUUUGACAUGACUACAAGAAGACAAAGACCAACAAUGAGAAGUCAGCGAGGCAGGUGUCAAGAUUUGGUACAAAAAGCGGUUGGAGGUGUAGGCCAGCACCGCAAAUUAAUAUUAGCUUCAGCAUUAAACAAAGAUUCGAGAUAUCACACCCAAAGUCUUGCAUACGCCAUGCCGCAGCCGACAUUAGAGUUCGCAAUGUUGUGUCUUAAGAACGCUCUGUUCACGUUGUCGAGGUCUCCUUACGAGGAAGCUACAGACAAGAGCGCCAAGUCGAUGCUGAUAACUCCGCCGUCUAGUUUCUUGUCAGAAGGAAAUACCAGCGCUGGUCUGCUCAGCAGCGGGUCAACCUUAGCGACAGGCAUAGCCGAAGACUCGACGACUACGCCAAUGAACGCUGGAACCACGAUCCAAAUUCUCCAGGCUAAGUGGAUGUCUGAAGCGAUUAGUCUUAAGAUCGCUAUCCUAGCAGCCAGUGCGUACGUGUCACUGUGUCUGGGCGAUUAUAUCUUGGCGUUAGAGCACGCGAGGAUGCUUCUGAAGAUUGACUCCUUGCCAGGUGCUUACAAAAUGCUGGGAAACUUGUACGCUGCUGAAAGAAUUCUGAGGUACAAUCUCGCGGUCAGUUAUGCGAUACGCGGAGAGCUUGAUAAGUCUGGCGAGACACUCAAACAAGUAUGGCUGUCGAAAGGCCCUGAUUGCGAUGUUCCUAUUCAUGUGAUAAUGCUUGCACUGUACAUUGAACUUCAAUUAGGGCACGACGAAGUCGCUAGAUCAAUUGUAAAACAGCAUUGUCCACAAUACUGGGCCUAG